AUGGUGAAGAAAGGUGGAAUGAAGACGAAGAUUGAGAUUAAAAAGAUCAUGAAGAAGAGCUCGCUAGGACCUAUCUGUGACCUAUCUGUGUCAAAACGCCGUAACGGACUCUUCAGUAAAGCUUCUCAACUUUGUCUUCUCUCCGGUGCACAAGUCGCCGUCUUAGCGACUCCUUCUUCUUCCGAAUCCAACGUCUCCUUCGGCCAUUCCUUCGUCGAUGGCGUUGUCUCUGCUUUUCUCUCGGGACAACGCCUUGUUCCCGUUCCUAAUCCCGAGGAUGACAAAGCGAUGAGGGAGGACGUUGGUAUCUGUUUGACUCGUAAGGAUCUAGGGUUAGGGUUUUGGUGGAACAACGAGAGGCUUGUCAGAUCGGAGAAUCCGCGAGAGAUUAGUGACGCAAUUGAUUCCAUGUGGACGUUGUUGGGUAAUCUCAAGGAAUUGCGUGCGGAUGAAGCCUCUUUCGUUAAUAAUAAUAACAAUCAAGCUUUCGUUAAUGAUGAUCACGAGGACCUGAAGAACAACGAGAAGAACGGUUUUAUCUUAGACGGCAUCACUGAAGAACAAGAUCAAAUCCUCCCGCUUUGUGAAAGCUUUUGCGUUACGGACAACAACAACAACUCUUUUACUGAAGUAAACUUGGAUUUCGAUCAAGAGCUGGAUAUUGAUCAACUCAUUGAUUUCGAUACUAAUUUUGAAAGAUCCCUUGAUAAUUGGUAUACUCAUGAGGAGAUUGGUUUGAACCUCGAUCAGUGUUUUCCAUAUAUCAGCUAA